GGUGGAAGAAGACGACAGAACACGAAUGAAAACAAGAGACGGGCACGCCUUCUCGCUUUUAAAGGUUAUAGCAGCGUAAUAAGUGCUGCUUUGAGAGCCGCACGGAGAGACUAAAUAACUACAGCAACAACAAGAGGUCUGUUAUUCACUAAACAUUCAGAGUAGCCGUGCAGAAAUGGAGUCCACAGAAAUGACAGACUACGUUGUCACCAGGCGUUCAUGAGAGCGAUCGAAUGUAACACUUGACUCACAAAUCGUAUGAAAAAAAAAAUGCCCAACCAGAAGAACAACAAGGGGAAGAAGAGCAAACGUACCAACAGUAGUGGAGAUGAACAGGAAAAUGGAGCCUGUGCGGCCGCAACAGGAGGCGCGGCCGCGGUUGCUGCUGCUGCUGCUGCUGCUGUUGCUGCUGCUGCGCCCGGGAGCGAGCGUUCGACUGAGGUCCAGUGUGCCACCCCUCUGGGCUGCAGCUUGGGCCGGCCCAUCGACCUGGAAAAGGAUGACUACCAGAGGAUCCAAUGCAACAAUGAGCUCUGUCCUUACGGAAACUGGAUGCAUCUGCAGUGUUUCUACGAAUGGGAGAGCUCCAUUCUGGUACAGUUCAACUGCAUCGGCCGUGCACGCUCGUGGAAUGAGAAGCAGUGUCGGCAAAACAUGUGGACCAAGAAAGGGUAUGACCUGGCUUUUAGGUUUUGCUCCUGCCGUUGCGGCCAGGGUCAUCUGAAAAAAGACACGGACUGGUAUCAGGUGAAGCGCAUGCAGGACGAACGGAAAAAGAAGCCAUCUGAGAGGAGCACUGGGAGGACGGGGUCCUGUGGAGGGGCUUCUGGGUCUGGGGACAGUGUGUUUGAGGACCCCAGGAAAAACAAGUUAUCGGGAGGAGUAGGUAAAACUGCGCACAGAGUAUCAAGUCAGGAACUACCACGAAGACAAUCAGUGGACCGGCAGAACUCAGUUGAGAGAGGAGCAGCAGGUCUCUUUCCUUUAGGGCCUCCUUUGAAGUCUCCAUGUGACUCCCCAGGACUCUCUCCUCCAACUGGUUUCUCCUUCACACCCACCUCUGUCCUCGGAUCUAGCGGAGUUGGCUCAGGUUUUCGGGGUUCCCGUCAAUUGGGAGAAUUCCUCAAAAACGCAGUCCACAUGGACGUGCAACGGAAGCAUCUUUUAGUCGGGGGAGCCCUCAUCCGAGCCUCUGGUUGCGUUCCUCACCUUGACCCCGCUGCUGUUCUACCCCUGCCGAUGGCCUUCACUCUCCCUCUCCAUCACAGACUCGCCUCUGGCAGCUUAGGGGACGGUACCAUUCCUCAGCCAGUGCAGUUCCUGAGAAGGCUGGACCUCUCAGAGCUACUCACUCACAUCCCUCGCCAUAAACUCAACACCUACCAUGUUCGAAUGGAGGAUGACGCCCAGGCAGGUCAAGGAGAAGAACUGCGCAGGUUCAUCCUGUCCACACUCAGUGCAAGCCAGAGGAAUGUGGUCAACUGUGCGCUGUGCCACCAAACCCUGCCAGUGUUCGAACAGUUUCCACUGGUGGAUGGGACGAUGUUUCUGAGCCCAUCACGCCACGAUGAGAUUGAGUAUGAUGUUCCUUGCCACCUUCAAGGCAGGUUAAUGCACCUCUAUGCCAUAUGUGUGGAUUGUCUAGAAGGUGUCCACAAAAUCGUAUGCAUCAAGUGCAAGUCCCGCUGGGAUGGGAGUUGGCACCAACUGGGUACCAUGUACACCUAUGACAUCCUGGCUGCUUCACCUUGUUGUCAGGCUCGUCUCAACUGUAAACACUGUGGGAAGCCCGUGGUGGAUGUUCGUGUCGGGAUGCAGUAUUUCUCCGAGUACAGCAAUGUGCAGCAGUGCCCUCACUGCGGCAACCUGGACUAUCACUUUGUCAAACCCUUCUCCUCCUACAAAGUACUCGAGGCUUAUUGACAAAUGUUGUACGUCCGUGCUAGUCAAAGCUGCUUUUAAUUUUUUAAGUUUAGGAAAGUUUAUAUUUUAAGGUUCAAUGAGGACCUUAAGGUUUUUAGAUGUUUUAGGUUCCCUUAUGUUCAGUUUAUUUUUUUUCUCAAGUGUACAGACAGAGGAGGACUGUGAAAGUUCCAAGGCUGUCUAAUGCUGAAAGCUCAAGAAAGGUGUUUGAUCAAGUGUGAAACACAUUUUAUCUGUGACAAGUGAAUGUAUCUGUAUGCCAAAUUAGAUUUUUUUUUUUUUUUUU